GAGAGACCUUAUCCUAGGCGUUGUCGGACUGGUAGAAGUCCAACUAAAACAGAUCCACUAGCAGAGAGUCGAAUAGAGAAACCUCAUCCAGUUUAUGUCCCUAGAGAUGAAACUUUUGAAGAAAUUAAGCAAAAUACUUUUUCUGCUGGAAGGUUGAAAGCUCUGUUACAUAACCUGGUACCCCUAAUUGCUGCCACACUGUCAAGCUCAGACAUUCCCUUCACAAACUUCUCCGACAUAGAUAAACUCUAUAACGAUGGGUUUGAAUUGAACGAUGAUGAACAUUCACAGAAGAAUAAAUUUCUUUCUGAUACUUUGGAUAAAGUAUUUUCUGUCAGCAAAAGGUUGCUCAAGUAUGAGAUUCCUGCUAUAAUCAAACGGGAUAGAUUUGCUUGGUUGCGAGAUAAUGAGUUUGCGCGACAAGCUUUAGCAGGGGUUAACCCUGUGAAUAUUGAACUUUUGAGGGAAUUUCCAAUUGUUAGCAAACUAGAUCCAGCUGUUUAUGGCCCCCCUGAUUCAGCUAUUACCAGGGAUCUUAUAGAACAAGAGCUUAAUGGACUGACUGUUGAAGAGGCAAUUGAAGACAAGAGAUUGUUUAUACUUGAUUAUCAUGACAUGCUUUUGCCAUUUAUCGGGAAGAUGAACUCCUUGCCAGGGAGGAAAGCUUAUGCAUCAAGAACACUUCUCUUCCACACAUCCAGAGGUAUUCUAAAGCCGAUUAUCGUUGAACUUUCACUGCCUCCAACACCUUCUUCACCUAGGAACAAGCGUAUAUUCACCCAUGGGCAUGAUUCUACCAGUCACUGGAUCUGGAAUCUAGCCAAAGCACAUGUUUGUUCAAAUGAUGCUGGCAUUCAUCAGUUGGUGAACCACUGGCUAAGGACUCAUGCUUGUAUGGAACCGUAUAUCAUUGCAACCCAUAGGCAUCUUAGCUCUAUGCACCCAAUUUACAAGCUACUUCACCCACACAUGCGCUACACACUGGAAAUCAAUGCGCUUGCGAGGCAGAGUUUGAUAAACGGGGGUGGAGUUAUUGAAGCAUGUUUUAGCCCCGGAAGAUAUUCAAUGGAAAUAAGCUCCGCAGCUUACAAGAGCAUGUGGCGGUUUGAUAUGGAAGCUCUGCCUUCAGAUUUAAUAAGAAGGGGAAUGGCCGUGGAGGAUCCAUCAAUGCCUUUGGAGGUGAAACUUGUGAUUGAAGACUACCCUUAUGCAGCAGACGGCCUUCUUAUAUGGUCUGCCAUAAAAGAAUAUGUGGAGUCGUAUGUUGAGCACUACUAUUCCGAGCCUAAUUCUGUCACUUCCGAUGUUGAGCUCCAAGGGUGGUGGAAUGAGAUCAAGAACAAGGGACACCCUGACAAGAAAGAUGAGCCUUGGUGGCCAAAGCUUGUUACUAAAGAAGACUUGUCUGGCAUACUCACCAUAAUGAUUUGGAUUGCCUCAGGCCAACAUGCAGCAAUAAACUUUGGGCAGUACCCUUUUGGAGGUUAUGUACCUAACCGUCCUACCCUUAUGCGAAAGCUCAUCCCACGUGAAGAUGAUCCCAGCUAUGAGAACUUUAUUCUUCACCCUGAGUUCACUUUUCUGGCAUCUUUGCCUACUCAACUCCAAGCUACUAAAGUGAUGGCUGUUCAAGAUACCUUGUCGACUCAUUCAGCAGAUGAGGAAUACUUGCAUCAGGUGCACGAACUUCAAAGAUUCUCCUUAAAUGAUCAUGAAGUUUUGAAGAUUUCUGAAAGAUUCUGUGCCAAAUUAGAGGAGAUAGAACAUACCAUCAACCAAAGAAACAAGGAUAAUCGUCUUAAAAACCGAAGUGGUGCUGGCAUUCCUCCAUAUGAACUGCUCCUACCUACUUCUGGUCCGGGCGUUACCUGUCGCGGUAUUCCCAACAGCAUCUCUAUCUGACAGGUUCAUGAUCUCACAGUCACAGCUCACUCAAUGUAUUAUUCAUAUCUUCUAUGGUUAUGACUUGCUAGGGAUCAUCUGGAACUUGGUUGCAUGCAGUUUGUAGUUAGUAUUCAUUCUUUUAACACUUGUAGAAAUAUUUUGCAGGUCGUGGAUACUAAUAAAUUGAGGGCAUUAAACUCUUGAGAAGCACCAUGUAAUUAGAAAAUAAUACUUAUUGAGUUUUGUCUUUCCAAGAAGAUA